AUGGAAUUUGUGACUCUCUUACCGAUAAAUAUUUCCCAAUCACGCGUCCAGCGUGGCACGCUACUAGGCAAUACUACAAAUGCGUCAGGCAUUUUCUCAGCUCUCGCACCCUGUCUUUUCACCCGGUUUGAGUUCAUAGGAUAUUUCUAUAUCAUGACAAUUGUCUGCCUCACAGGCAUAAUACUCAACCUCAUCAACAUUGUUGUGUUCUCAAACAAGUGCUUCAACGCAACGGUCUAUUAUUACAUGUUGGUAAUUUCGAUUACUGAUGCCGUCAGCCUCAUUGCAAUUCUCCCAACUGGUCUUGUUAGAUGUGCUGGACAUUUGGAAUCCUGUUCGCAUCCAGUAUUCCGAGAUUUUCGGUUUGCCAUGUCCUACUACAACAGCUACUUCGGGUUUGGUCUGGCCAAUGUCGCAGAGGCGGCCUCUGCCUGGCUCACAAUGCUUGUCUCCAUCGAACGCUACAUGGCCAUGAAGCAUCCCACCAUCGCAAAUGUUUACUGCAGACACCAGUCGGGCAAAAUGCAUGUCCGAACAGUGGUGUUGGUUGCCCUGGCCUUCAAUUCACCGUUCUUCUUCACCAUGCGUCUUUCCCAGCGUGUAGUUUCAACAAACACCAACCUCACCAGCGUCAAUCGCACUGUCCUGAUAAGCCGGUUGACCAAGUUUGGUGAUUCAGUUUACUACGAGAUCUACACCUGGAUCCGGUUUCUGUGUGUCCAG